GAGAGGAUGGGGGUUGUCUCGUCUCCCCGCAGCCCCCAAAUCCCCCGGGGAGAAGACGCGCUACGACACCUCCCUGGGGCUCCUCACCAAAAAGUUCAUCCGCCUGCUGAGCGAGUCCCCCGACGGCGUCGUGGACCUCAACCGCGCGGCCGAGGCGCUGGAGGGGCAGAAGCGGCGCAUCUACGACAUCACCAACGUGCUGGAGGGCAUCCAGCUGAUCCGAAAAAAGUCCAAGAACAACAUCCAGUGGAUGGGGACGGGGAUUUUUGAGGACACGGCGGUGACGGCGAAGCAGCAGGCGCUGCGGGGGGAACUGGUGGAGCUGGGCAGGACGGAGAGGACGCUGGACCAGCUCCUGCACGACUGCGCCGUGGCUCUGCGGCGGCUGACUGAGGACGGAGCCAACCAGAGGCUGGCGUACGUCACCUACCAGGACCUCCGGGCCAUCAGCAGCUUCCAGGAGCAGACGGUGAUCGCUGUGAAGGCUCCCCCAGAGACGCUGCUGGAGGUGCCGGAUUUCGGCAAGGACAACCUCCAGCUCCACCUGAAGAGCACCGUGGGCCCCAUCGAGGUGUACCUCUGCCCGGAGGAGAUAGCAGAGGAGACUCCCACCAAGGACCACAGCAUCCCACCCACUGCCACCCCCUCGCAGGACCACGUCACACCCCAUUCUCCCCUGAACACCCCUGAGCUGACCCCACAGCCGCCCCACGCCAUCACCCACAGCUGGGUGGGCACAGGGACCCCCUCCUCACCCCCUCUUGCUGUCCCGGGGGGCCCCAGCUCGCUGCUGGAGGUGGAAGCCGGGCUCCUGGGCUCACCCCCCCCCCUCCUGCAGCAGACGGAGGACCAGCUGCCCUGUGCCCCCCUGCACCCGGACUCAGGUCCCUUCGUCACCUUCUCGCCCCCUCUGGAACCGGACGAUUACCUCUGGGGGCUGGAGGGGGAGGGCGUCAGCGACCUCUUUGAGGCGUACGACCUGGGGGACCUUCUGAACCACUGA